AUGUCGAAUGGUAUAACUAUUGAUAAAGAGAGAAUAGUUCUGAAUGUUGGCGGGUCAAAAUAUGAGACAUAUCGAUCAACAUUGAUUCGAUACCCAGACUCGCUUCUUGGCAGAAUGUUUCAUGAAAGAAACCGAGAAAUGCUGCACCCAACAAACGGCAACGAGUAUUUCAUCGACCGGAACGGUCUAGCAUUCAGAUUCAUCCUAGAAUACUACCGAACCGGAAAAGUCCCAUGGCAGGAUGUGAACAACGGCGGCGGCGUAACACGUCUCGAACUCGAAGAAGAACUAGACUACUUCCAAAUUUCAAGCGAACCGCCUUCGGGACUGAACAAAUUCACAUUCGAAGAAGCCACCGAAAUAUUGGAUGAUUUCACACGAACGAUGAAACAAGUAAUCGAGGAAAUGCGACGAAAUUUCCGGACUGUUAUCACGAUAAUUUUCCCCGUGUGUGAUUUCGAUCGGUUUUCCGUAUAUCCGCAGUUGUCGUCGGUGUUGCCGCUAGUUGAGCCGUUUAAAGAGAAUGGGUCACCGAUUUUACAUAAUUUUGGGGAUCCUAUUAAGAAACAUUUGCAUGGAGAGUAUCCAGGAUUGAGUUGCUCGAUCACUUUUCAGGGAAGUAUUCGCGAUGAGGGCGUUUACAAGUGGCGAAUGGAGAUGCCGGCACGUUAUAAAGUUAAGAGUAUCAUUGAAGCUUCUUCAUUGAAUUCUCUUCCCGUCUAUAUCAAAGAAAGAUAA